CAAGUGAGUUUAAAAGUGUAGCAUAGUCGCCGACACCAGGCAGAAGAGGAAUAACUCGACACAUCUGAGAUUAUAUUCGAUCGACAGGACGUCCUGAGCCAUGAAAUCUGCUGCUGCUGUUCUGAUCCUGGUCCUGCUCUACAUCCAGGGCUCUGCAGCUAAUCUAACAAAGGCAGUUGAACAAUUUUGUACAAAAAAUUAUCCAAUCCGACCAUGUACCGAGAAUGGUUGGUCUCGAAUGAACGAUGGCAGAUGCAUCAAGCUGUUUGACUUUGGGGCAACCUUCGAUAAGGCAGAGGAACGUUGUAAGUGUGAACGUGGUCACCUGGUGUCGAUGCACAGCUUAAAUGACUACAACGAGGUGUUGUGUCUGCUCUGGACAAACAGCAAGCAAGUGAUGAAACAGGUGUGGAUCGGACUCAAGAAGGAAAAGGCCAGCGCCACAUAUGGCUUCACCGAUGGAAUGAAGCUGACCUUCAGCAGAUGGUUGAACCAGAACCGAAAAACUGAGAAAGAUGACAAGGCCUGCGUCCGGAUGAACUAUCAAGUCUGGGGCCUAUGGAGUGAACUGGAGUGCUCGGAGGUGCUACCCUUUGUGUGUGCCAGGUUGAUGUGACAUUAUCCUCUGAUGUUCAUGCUUUCAUUCAGCUUCGACAUGAAGACCUGAUCAACUGUUGCAGUUGGAUCACUGUAUGUCUUCUAAACCUCUGUUUCUAAAUUUACUGCAAUAAAAAAGUUCUGCUUCAGCAAACUCUCGUAUCAUUUCUGUUUGUAUUCAGCAGAAGUUCACACUGUACAUCUGUCCUGUAUUUCUGCUGCAGCAGCUCAGUUUUCAUCCAGAGCAGUGAAACGUAACUGAGAACAGACACAGUAGAUGAUGACAGAUUGUUCUGUCUAAAUACAAAACCCUAGAAAUACAUCCAAAGCAGCAGCUACAGUUCUGUUCAGGAGACAGAGAAUGAACAUGUAUUUGUCAGAAAUAUGUUAGAUUACAUAACAUUAAUCUUCUUUCUAAAUAAAGAAAACUGAAAUCCA